AUGCCGCUCCCGAGUAUUGAGACGCAGGUCAAAGUCGCCAGCGAAGCGGCUGACCGCUUCGUGGAGCACUACUACGAUGCCCUGAACAAGCACCACCGCGGUACACAGCUGUCCCAAUUCUACGUCUCCACCUCGGCCAAACUCACUGGCGCGGGUCUGAAGCCCGACAUUAGCAUCAACGGGCACGUCUGCGCAGCGGGCGUCCCGGAGCUCGAGGAGCUGAUCGAGAAGCAGGGCAGGCCUGUUCACUUUGAGGUCCAGAGCGUGGAUGCGCACCCGAUCAAUCCGCACUACGUCCUGGGAAGCACAAAUCCGGAGGCUCAGAACGACAAGGGCGACAAGCUGAGUUUUACAAUCCAGGUUGGGGGAACGGUCAAGUUUGGCAAGGGCGAAGACGGCACGAUCAGGGCGUUCAACGAUGCAUUUAUGCUCGUGCCUCAUUGGGAAGCGCAAGGAAGGAAUGCGGCGCGGACUUUGCAAAGAUGGUUGAUCGUAAGCCAGAACUCACGGUACUUGUGA